AUGUCCACCUGUGUGGCUCCGACGAUUCAAGAUCCAGAAGCGAAGAACCCGACGCGAACUUGGAUCCCAGUCCUUUUUCGACGCGUCGUCCCUAUUCUCUUAGCUUGCAACAACAAUUAUAUCGUAAUCAGAAUGGCUCCUCGGGGACUUUCCGCUGAAGACAAACGCGUCAGGCUUCUUGAAAUUUUCCAUGAGACGAAAGAUUUCUUUCAGCUGAAAGAGUUGGAGAAAAUCGGACCAAAGAUGAAGGGGAUCGUUUCACAGUCAGUCAAGGAGGUGCUUCAAGGACUCGUAGAUGAUGGCAUGGUGCAAGCAGACAAGAUCGGAUCAUCUAAUUUCUUUUGGAGCUUUCCCUCGCAGCGAGGUGCAAUGAUGCAGAGCCGCUUGGCCACCGUGAAGGAGAGUCAAGCAUCGUAUCGAGGUCAGCUCACAGAACUCCGCGCGGCAAUCGAAGCAGAGAGGGCUGCACGGCCGGACAGUGUAUGCCCGCCGAACAUGAUUCUUAUGGAGGCCGCAGUGAUAAUGGUUUUCUACCCCUUCCAGGAAGACCGUAGGGCGGCUCUAGCACGUCUGGCGUCGUUCAGGAAGGAGUUCAGCGAGCUCGAGGCCGAGCUAGCGCAAUACGGUGCAUGCGACCCUAUAAGAGUAGAAGAGAAGAAACGUGCGGUGGUGCUUGCCAAAGAGGCAGCAAGCAUUCCCCCAGCCCACUUUACAAGACAGAGCUGUGUCGAACCCGCGGAGAUCAAGAAAUAUCUUGGUGUGGACGAUGAGUAUGAAGAUAUCUGUUGA